UUGUAAUAUUCUUUGAUAAGUUUGAUCAAAGUUAAAUUUCAAUAAUUGCAAAUGCAUUGAGCAUGAAAAAUGUCAAAAACAUCUUCGGUUUGCGAGAAGGGAAGGUGGAGUCUGACGCUUGAUUUCCAAAUGCAUUAAAAUGGAAGUUUCAAAAAACGAGCAGUUAGCUGAAACGUACGAGAAGAUUUAUGGAGAUGAAUGUCGUAUUUGUUUAAAAAGGGCUGUAGAAAUUUGUGAACUAUUUCGAAAUGGGGACGCUAUCCUCCGUAAACUUAUGGCCGUUGCUUCCGUACAGGUAGAAGAAGGAGAUGGAUUACCCCCAGUGAUUUGUUUGCCUUGUAAUCAACGUUUGGAUGCAUCUUAUAAUUUUAAAUGUCAGAUACAAAAUUCGGAUGAAAAGUUGCGUCAACUUCUCAAAUUCAAGUCUCCUUCCAAUGAUUCUGUUAGCAGUGAAAGCAUAGUCAAAGCUAUAAUUGCUGACGUGAUAUCUAGUGUAAUAUCCUCUGAAAAGGAAAACAAUGAAAGGCAAGAAAUUUGUUCUACAAAUUUCUGUCCCGACAACUUUUGUUUUACAAAAGAUGAAACUCCUUUCUGCUUAAACUCAGAAAGGAACUUAUUUUGUUAUGAGAGAGAAUCACAGAGUCAAUUAAGUAAUGCAGAACAAAAGCAACACAUGGAAAAUAUUACUGUUUAUAAAAACUUGUUAGAGGAUUCUGUGAAACAAAUUAACUCUGUUAAACAAGAAGAAUUGUCUCUAUUUGAUGAACACAUGGUCCACAAUAAAGUAAUAGAUCCUGUGAGACAAAUUAAUUCGAUUAAGGAAGAAGAAUUAUCUUUAUUCAAUGAACACGUAGAGCAAAAUAAAAAUGUUUUAUUUAAUAGUGAUGUAAAUAACAUUGAAAUAUCAGACAAUACACAUAUUUUAGAAGAGCCAUCAAGAACAGAUGGUACACAAGAUGACGAAGAAAAGCCUUUGAUAUCACGUACAACUAGAUUACACUGUACACAGUGUAUUAAAUCCUUCCGUACGAAAGUAGCGUUACAGAGGCAUGCUAGCGUACAUAAACGAAAAACUAAGUUACGAUACGUUUGCUACAUUUGCGAUAAACAGUAUGCAACUCUUGCAAAAGUGAAAAAUCAUGUUGCUAUGUGUCAUGAGGCACACGACAGGAAGGAAAAUAUUCAAGAUAAGAGAAUCAGUUAUGAACAAGACAAAGGAAUAGCAAGCAUAAAAGAUAAAAGAAAUAAUAAUGCUAGAGAAAAAAGAGUAAAAAUGCAAAAAAAUGACGAGUCUUCAAAGGAACAACGAAAAAGUUUAAAAUUUACGUGUAAAGUAUGUUCGAAACAAUUUACCUAUCAGAAAUCUUUUGUAACACAUGCUAAAAGUCAUCCAGAGUAUAAAGAAGAACUAGUUGAUUCCUAUCAGUAUCCAGUGAAAGAGAGGUCUGUAGAAACUGUUGAAGAAGAAGAAGAUGAAGAAGAAGAAGAAAAUGAAGAAGAAGACGAAGAUGACGAGGAUGAAAAUCUUCCCACUGAGAGUCUACAGUGUACUCAAUGUGGAAAAUUAUUUGCUACAAAGAGAAAUCUCAAGAGGCAUCUUUCUACGCAUAGUGGAUUAAAGUAUACUUGUGGGACUUGUGGUAAAGGAUUUUCAAGAGUAGAUAAGUUAAAAGACCAUGAACAAUCAAAACAUAAGGCUGAAAUAUUUGAAAGCUCUGAUUUAGAUGAUAGGGAUGACAUGGACAGUAUAAACAGGGGAGAUUGUUUAGAGAGGAGAAAAAAAGAUUCCUACAACAGACCACACAAAUGUGCAAUGUGCCCCAAAUCAUUUGCACAGGCUCAGUCUCUAGCAAAUCACAUGGAACGUCAUUCGCGAGUCAAAGAAACUCAAAAGAGGUUCCUUUGUGAAGUUUGCAGCAAAUGCUUUGCACAGAGUGGCUCUCUUGUUGCACACAUGCGUACACAUACGGGAGUCAAACCAUAUGUUUGUAACGUAUGCAGUAGAGCUUUUACAAAGAGCACUUAUUUACAGUUGCACCUGCGUACGCAUAGCGGGGAAAAGCCUUACAUUUGUCAGUAUUGCAGCAGAGCCUUCGCCCGUGCAAAUACAUUGGCGCGACACAUAACGAUGCACACAGGAGAAGCGAAAUAUCAUUGUAAUAUUUGUACAAAGUCAUUUAGAAGACUGACCUCGUUAAAUGAACACACGUACACGCACACUGGCCAAAGACCAUACGCGUGCAAAAUUUGUACAAAGAGAUAUAAUAAUGCUGGAUCACUUUACGCGCAUAGAAAGAAAUGUAAGGCGCAGCAGAUAUCUAAUACUGGAUUUACGGUUACCGUGGAAAAUCCUAUACAGGCACAGGAUGUAAAUAUCCCACAAGUCUUGAUUUAUUCGCAAAGAAAGUUGGUGGAGGACACAAACGUUGGACAAGUUCCGCCUCAACCGCAAUAUAUGAUCGCGAAUGUGCACAAUCAAAAGAGUUUGGAAGCGAAUAUUAUUCAACCGUUUACGGUGGAAGACCCAAAUGUUUAUACGAUUAAUUCAAAGCAAUUUAAGAACCCCUAUUAUACAAUUUAUCCAAAUAUGUAAGAUAAUAACGUAUGCGGAAGAAUAAGAAUGUCUUUUCUAGAA